GAAGAAGAGUGGACAAAGUAGGCUUAGAAUUUCAUUGCGUUAUGGUUUCCGCGAAUUCCUGUGAAAAUAAAGACGAAAAAUAAAUAAUUAAAAAUAAUACCCAGAUCGUUGUACCACUAAAAAAUGUAACCGAUGAAAACCAGACUAAAAACAAAUAAUAGUGCUUCACUCAAGAUAAAAUAAAAUUCCCUAUUUUUGACUUCUGAAAUCUAACGGUUGUAGCAGACAUGAAUCGAUCUACCCAUGGCAGCAUUCGGUCCUCGGUUUCAACGGUAUGCAGUAGCAAAUCAUUCCAAAGCAGAAUGGAUAAAGUUUCGGAAAGACUAUAUGACAUUGUGAAAAGCGGAUCGAUGGUGAAACGAGCACAGAAUAAGAAACGCUUUACCCCCGUCAACUACAAACAACGCUGGUUCGAGCUCACCAAGAAGUCAUUAUCAUAUUUCGAUAUGGAAAACGUUGAACGACGUCGUGAACGUGGACGAGUUCCUGUUAAAGGUGUGCGCUUGGUUGAAACUGCUGUUGUUAGUGGUGAGGGUGGGGAUCCAUUUGCUCCAAGUGGAUAUCCGUUUCAAGUUGGAUACUGUGAAUCCUCCAAUGAUCAAUCGCAUUCUGGGCGUUCUGUGCCGCAAUAUAUUCUAUAUUUAUUGGCGAACAGUGAGAAGGAGCGUGAUGAUUGGAUACGUGCCAUAAGACAAGUUUGCGAAGAAACGAACACACCAAAGUCAUAUCGCUUCCAUCCUGGCCUGUGGACCGGAAAACGGUGGUCCUGCUGUAAAGGCAUCAGUCGAGCAACGUUCGGCUGUCAGGCCGCGACGCACUGGCUUGAAGCAAAUAAUAAUCCAAGCACUGGAAGUUCUCCUGCCCAGAAUUCGACUCGUAGCAUCAGUCCAAACAACUCCACCUCAACCAGUCAAUUCAACUUGCAUCACAACAGCUCUGGAAGUUUGGGCAGCUCUACGCCCACAUCUGCACCCAUACAACCUUCUGUUACCACAUUUAAGCAAUCACCAAAUAUUUUGAACAGCAGCACUACAUUGUUGGACAACACCAUGCCGGGGGGUAUUCCAACGCCGGGUACUCCAAAUUCUAAGGCUAAGGAUAACUCCCAUUUCGUCAAGGUUGUUGUGGCUCUCUACCCAUUCAAGGCCAUUGAAGGUGGUGAUUUAUCACUUGAAAAGAAUGCUGAAUAUGAAGUGAUUGACGAUUCGCAAGAGCACUGGUGGAAGGUGAAAGACGCCUUGGGCAAUGUGGGUUACAUACCUAGUAACUACGUCAAGCCCAAAGCUUUACUGGGCCUGGAGCGUUAUGAAUGGUAUGUUGGUGACAUGUCACGCCAGCGCGCUGAAUCUCUUUUGAAACAAGGUGACAAGGAGGGGUGCUUUGUUGUGCGAAAGUCCUCCACUAAAGGUUUAUACACGUUGUCCUUACAUACCAAAGUUCCGCAAUCUCAUGUAAAGCAUUACCACAUCAAGCAAAAUGCGAGAGGGGAAUACUACUUGAGUGAGAAGCAUUGUUGCGAGACGAUACCCGACCUAAUCAACUACCAUAGGCAUAACUCGGGAGGACUAGCGUGCCGUUUAAAAUCAUCGCCUUGUGACAGACCAGUUCCACCAACGGCAGGAUUGUCGCAUGAUAAAUGGGAAAUUCACCCAAUGGAGUUGAUGCUGAUGGAGGAACUGGGUUCGGGCCAGUUUGGUGUGGUACGGCGCGGAAAAUGGCGUGGUUCUAUUGACACUGCCGUUAAGAUGAUGAAAGAGGGCACCAUGUCCGAGGACGAUUUCAUUGAGGAAGCCAAAGUGAUGACCAAAUUGCAACAUCCCAACCUUGUGCAGUUGUACGGUGUUUGCUCGAAGCAUCGUCCGAUAUAUAUUGUCACCGAGUAUAUGAAACAUGGAUCGCUGUUGAAUUAUUUGCGCCGACAUGAGACCACAUUGAUCGGCAACAUGGGCUUGUUGUUGGAUAUGUGCAUACAGGUCAGCAAAGGCAUGGCUUACUUGGAACGCCACAACUACAUUCAUCGUGAUCUGGCCGCACGCAACUGCCUGGUCGGCUCUGAAAAUGUGGUGAAGGUAGCAGAUUUCGGUUUGGCCCGCUAUGUUUUGGACGAUCAGUAUACAAGCUCGGGCGGCACCAAGUUUCCUAUCAAAUGGGCACCUCCAGAAGUAUUGAACUACACACGCUUUUCUUCCAAAAGUGAUGUCUGGGCAUACGGGGUAUUGAUGUGGGAAGUGUUUACGUGUGGCAAAAUGCCUUAUGGCCGUCUCAAGAAUACCGAAGUCGUGGAACGAGUCCAACGCGGUAUUAUACUAGAAAAACCAAAGUCAUGUGCAAAGGAAAUAUACGAUGUUAUGAAGAAAUGCUGGUCGCAUGGUCCAGAAGAGCGUCCCUCAUUCCGCAUUCUCAAAGAGCAGCUGGCACUCGUCGCUCAAACACUAACCGACUAAAUUGCAGCCGAGUUUCUCGACGCGGCAUUCCGUGAUUGCCGAAUCACGUACUGAGUUAAUUUAUAUGGAUAUUAGCAAUGAAAUCUAUGAGUGAAACGCAACGCAAGAUAGAUAAAUCAUUAAGAAAACUAACCUAGAAAUUAAAUAGUUCAAGGAAAGCGAUAAGUAAGAAGAAUAAAGUACUGUGCAAGGGAAGUUUUUUUUCUUUAGAAAAAGGAAAUGCGAACAAAGCCAACUGCAAAUAUGAACUCGAAAUAUCAUUCAAAUUUACCAAGUAGUCAAUACUUUUGUUAGAAACUAAACUGUAAACGCGCGUAGAAAAUAUAAAACAAGUCAAAUAAGCUAAAUACUUUAAAUGUAUGUAAAAACGAAGCUUUUGCAAAGUGCGAAAUGCAAUCGUAUUCAAAAAACAAACAAAAAACUACAACAAAGAAAAACAGAAACAAAAAGCUGUAAAAAUGACUAAAUCAUAAAUGCUUACAUACAUAAAUGCAUCCUAAACUGUUUGUAGUUGUCUCAACUAGCCAGCCACGUUAAUUAAGAAUAACAAACAGUUGAUCGUAAGGAGUUUGUCAACUAUUUUUUAAUAUGAAGUAAUGUUUGUAUGCUUUUUUAUUGUGCUUUUUACUUUUAUACAUACAAAAAAUGUACGAAUGCAUACAAAAACUGAAUUUAGAUAUACAAAUUCGAAUAUUGAAACUGAUUAAUUAUAACACCUAUGGAUAAUCUAUAUGUAAGUGAAGACGCCAUGUAAAUCGUGAAAGCUAAGUUCACAUUAAAGAAUUUAAGUAAUGUUUCAUAUUUUUACAUGCAUAAGCUGCGGCGAGUUGCAUAAGAAAAGCAAAAGUAUGAGUAAUAAUUAGACUUAAAUAUCAAACUACAUACAUAAAUACAUAAGUAAUGAUUUUAUAAAUUUUUUGCUGAUGCGAAAUGUUGCUUGUUCCCUUCAUUCAGAGAAACUCUCACCGCUCAAAUAUUUGAAUUUCGGUUUACAUAUUUACAUAUAAACACGUAUGUAUGUAUAUAGAGCAAACAUAUUUACAUACAAUAGAUCAAAUGGCAUUGAGUACGCAUAGUAAUUAUGGAUUAAUAUACAUUUUUUUGUGAUUUACGUUUAAUUUAUCCUGAUAAAAGUGAGACAUGGUUGCACUUUGUGCGUAUGACCGACGCAACGCUUGUAUUAUUGACUUAUACGUAUACAUAUAUAAGCAAAUAUUUAUACAUAUAUGUAUGUAGGUGCACUUUGCGAUUAUUCAAGUUUUAUUUGAUAAAUAUAUUAAAAGUAAAAUUAUUGUUUGCAUCAUUCUUUGGAUUUACAAUUACAUACAUACAUACUUCGGUAUUCAUAUACAAACAAACAUGCAUACAAAGUACAUACAUAUACUUGUACGACACGCAAUAUCUAUGCAUUGGUUUUUUUUAUUUUUAUUAUUAUUCGUAUUGUCAAUGUUUUAGUUUUAUUUAAAUAUUUUGUAAGUUGUAUUGAAAAAACGAAUAAAAAUCUACAUAAACGUUUUUUAUCAGUA